GAUGUUAGCCUAUUCUGAUACGAAAAAUUCCCGUUUGUUUACCCUAGAAGGCGGUGGAAGUAAAUUAACAAAAAUCAGGUUAACCAAGCCGCUAGACCCUAGUUGGAAAAUUUUGGUGUUAGCAGACGCCGUUAUCUGCUGUCAAUCACAUGGCAAAGUCUUACUGAUUGACGUUCGAGACGACUGUCAAGUUUUUACAAUAAAGGAGGGUGGAGAUGUCAUAUCCGUACUAAAGACUAGUGAGGAUGAAAAGUAUUUUGCACUGGGAGAUCAUGGAUCCAACAUUGAGGUUUACGACGUCAAAACCAGAGAAAUGGUCUACAACCUACCGCAAUACAGCACUGCUCAACCGACCGCAAUGGCCUUUCAUCCGCAACUUCCGCUCCUAAUCGCCAGCUAUUCGGACGAGAAGAUAUUUGAAUUCGAUUCUGAGAAAGGUCAAUAUACUCAAAGAGCCUUAGUUUUGAACGACACCUGGCGGUCUAGACGCUUUUUGGGAGAUGUUGUCGUGAAUAUUCAGUACGAGACAAAUAACAAUAAGAUAAUUCUUCAAACGCACUCAACGAUUUCCAUUAUUGAUCCAUCUGGAACCCAAAGAGACGGUUUGCACGAAUGUAAAGAGUUUAAGUACAUUCUUUAUGGACAAAGUUUCAAUGGGCAAAUGGUUGUCGUUGAACAAACACCUGAUAGAAUAGCAAACAAUUUCCCAGCUGCUCUGAGAAAGAAACAGUUUGGAACAUGA